GUCCGUUUCCUUGAGUCCCUAAUAUUUUUCUUUCUUUUGCUCUCUGUUUUGGACGAGGGGGCCGCACUGCUGCUGCUGGGUGUUGUUAGUUAGGGUGUGUGCGCGUGCCUGCCUGCCUGCCUUCUCCGUUCGCUGUUGCUGCCGGGCGAUCAUCGUGUGCUUCAGAAGUGCCCUUCUUCUUCUUCUUCUUCUUCGCUCGCCAUCAUCAUCCCCCUUUUGUUGAUUCUCCUUCUCCAUGGCCACGGAGUUCGUGUCUCCCGAAGGCCUCCGCCUUGAUGGUCGUCGUCCUCCCGAGAUGCGCCACCUGCAUGCUGUCGUCGGUGUCGUCCCUUCUGCCGAUGGCUCCGCCCUUUUUCACAUGGGCAACACCCAAGUCAUGGCCGUUGUCUACGGUCCUCACGAGGUCCACAACAAGGCUCACCAGCUCCACGACAAAGCCCUGGUACGGUGUGAGUACAGCAUGGCAGCUUUCAGUACAGGAGAGCGAAGACGGCGAGGCAAGACGGAUAGGCGUGCAACAGAACUUUCUCUCGUGAUCGGCCAAACAUUGGAAGCUGCUAUCAUGACCCACCUUUUGCCUCGUUCGCAGAUAGAUAUUUACGUCCAAGUCCUUCAAGCAGACGGGGGAACUAGAGCAGCAUGUAUUAAUGCAGCUUCUAUGGCACUUGCUGAUGCCGGAAUUCCGAUGCGAGACCUUGUUGUUUCGUGCGCCGCUGGCUACCUGAACUCCACCCCUCUCUUGGAUUUAAAUUACCAGGAAGACAGUGGGGGAGGACCAGACUUAGUGGUCGGAUAUUUUCCGAAGCUUGAAAAGUUGUCACUUCUGCAGAUGGAUUCAAAGGUUUCAAUAGAAACAUUUGAGAAGGUUCUGGAGCUUGCAACAGAGGGUGCCAAGGCUGUAGCCACAUUUACGCGUGAGAAACUUUUGGAGAAUACCAGGACCUUGGCCUCUGCUAGGGGCCAUCUCAAGAUUUAAAGACGGGCCUGUUUUGCUAUGUACAUGAACAUUAGUGAGGCUGGUUUAGCGUGAAAAUGAACCACUACCGCGAAAUGGUAGGUUAAGGACAUGCUGAGAAUCCAAUUUGACAGUUGAUAAUUCAAAUUCUAUCUUCCUAUGACUAGUGAAGAGAGUAUGAUCCAGGGUCUUCUCUCAUUUUGGAGGGUAUUUUCGCCAGGUUGCGAAGUGGCACUUCUGAUAAGGUGGUUUAGCAGACCAAAUAUCCAUAGUGUGGAAAGGAUAUAAAGCUUUUUAAGCAAAUUACUCAGUUGAUGUGUUUCAAUUCCACCACCCUCCUUGUAUAGUUAUGUUUUCAAGUUAAAAACGGAACUAUGUCUGA